UCAUUUCUGGCACGCUCGCGAGUGGACGUGCGGACCGAUACGCCGAUAAUAGAUAUAGCCCAAUUCGAUAUACCUCUAUAUAUACUACAUAUACAAGCCCAUACAUAUAGAGAGGUGGUAGGAUCUAUCCAUAGAUCUGUCACCUGUCGCGUGGUGCGAGAGGUUGCAACCUCUCUGUGAAAAUAAAGUUCGUAAUCGAAGCGCGAGUGUUUUUCUAAUCAAAAAUCGUUUGAACGUGAAGCCAGUGAAAGGCAUUUCUUCAACCCCGAAGGAGAGUGCCGCCAAGGCAUGCGAAUAAAUUUGCAAAAGUUACGAGACACAUCCUCAGAUUGCAGUGCGAAAACCAAGCAGCAGAGCUAACAGCCAAACAGCAGGGCCCCGCCCAAGGGCGCCUCGGAUACCGGAAGCCCAGUCGAAGAAGAGGCAAAAGCAGAAACAGCGCAGAAAAUUGAGCCAUGGAGCAAUUUGAGCAGCUGUUGACGUGCUGCGUAUGCCUGGACAGGUAUCGCAUACCGAAGCUGCUGCCAUGUCAGCACUCCUUCUGCAUGGAGCCCUGCAUGGAGGGACUGGUGGACUAUGUGCGACGUCAGGUGAAAUGCCCAGAAUGCCGUGCCGAACAUCGCAUACCCUACAACGGCGUGCAGGCCUUUCCAACGAAUGUAACGCUACAGCGCUUCCUGGAGCUGCACAUCGAAAUCACCGGAGAACUGCCCGAUCCGACAUCAGGUCAAAUCAUGGAACGUUGUGGCGUCUGCUCGGAGAAGGCCUAUCUGUCUCAUUGUGCGCACUGCGAGAAGAAGAUUUGCGAGGACUGCAAGAGCGCCCACAUGGACAUACUCCGCCGUGAGAUAACGCGCUUCAACUCACAGAUCCGCCGCAGCUUGCAUCGACUGCAGGACUCCCUAGCCAUCAUCGAGAAGAACACCAUGAGUCUGCAGACGAACGCGAUCAGUGUAACGGAGGAGAUCGACGAGAUCUACCAUCGUAUUACCAAGGCUAUCAAGGAUCGCUCCGACCAACUGAAGGGCGAGAUCGACCGCUACCUGGCCGUGGAGCUGCGCAACCUCACAACGCUCAAGGAGAAUCUGGACCUGGAGAUCACCAACAUCGGCAGCAACUGCGACAUUGUCGACAAGUACAUGAACGAAACAGUCGAGUGGGACGACUGCGAGCUUAUGGACACCAAGGAGAUCUUCCUGAAGACCGUCGAGUUCCUGCGGCACUUCGAGUACGAGAACAACGACUACAGUCGUCGUGUGCGAUUCCUCGUCUCCAUCGAUCCCAACCAGCUGGUGAUGAACCUGGCCACCUUUGGCGACCUCAACAUCGCGCCACACUCGACGCCGGGCGGCUCGGUGAGCAGCUCCCACCUCGCCCCUCCCAGCGGCCUCCAGCCCGGACUAAUGCGCUCCAAGAGCGACCACCGCCUGGCCACCCAGUUCCGGCAGCAGGAGGAGCGUGGUGGCUACAACGACGAGCCCGUCCUUGGCGGUCGGAAGUUCGGAGAGCGUCCCCAGCGCAGUGCCACCAACAGCGAUCGCUAUGGCGAGAGCAGCCGCUACGGCCGCUCGGACUAUGACUACGAGAACGAUUACGAGAACGAGCCCACUUCCGGACGGACAGGCAAGUCCUCGCGCUUCCGGUCACGCUUUGUUCGCUCGCACCAGAACGACGACUCGGACACCGAGCAACAGCAGCAGCAGCGUCAGCAGGAGCUGAAGGAGCGCAAGGACCGCGUCCUCGAUAGCGAGGAUGUGUCGCGUGGCCAGCUGAGUGGUAUCAUUCGCCUUAGCGACUGCUCCCGCGUCGUUCAGCGGCUGGCCGACAUUGGCAAGGAGAAGAAGUCGGACAAGAAGUCGGACGCAGCCUCCGCGGCCCAGGCCGCCGUCCAGGCAGCCAUCCAGACCCAGAAGGCGGCCAUGCAGCGCCAACAGCAGAAGAGCCAACAACCAGCGGCAGCAGUUGAUGAGGACGAACUGGCGCGCCAGAAACGCAAGAGUGCUGCUUCCUCUGGAGCAGCCACCUCGGCGGCCACCAGUGAGGCGGGCCAGGAUCAGCGACCCAACAGCGAGCGGGUGGCGACCCUCAAGGGUCCCCGCGGUGGCGAGGACAGCGACGGCAGUGGCUCUAAUCAGGCGUCAUCUCCAGUGCGUACAGCGACAGCAGCGACGCGAGCCGAGGUAAGUGUGAAUGAGGCAAAUACAGAAGAAGAAGGCGUGGCCAGUGGCAGUGACAGCGAGGUAGACGAGGAGAAUGAGGAACAGGGGGCAGAAGAGGAAGAUCAGCAGCAGCAGGCAGAAGUAGAGGAAGUCGAAAACGACUCCGAAGAUUCAUCGGAAUAUGAAGAAGUAACAGUCACCGAAAGCAGCGAUGAAGAAGAGGAUGUGGAGGUGGAGGCCGUACAAGAGGGAGAGCCCCAGGAGGUGCCAGUGAUCAAUGUCCUGCCUCCAGAGGGAGAGCUGUCCAGCAAAGUUCACGAAAGUCCUGCCGCGAUCAUAAGUCAUCCAAAUGAAGUUCAGACAGAGAAACCAGAAGAGGAUUUAACAUCCAAUCAGAGUGAAGAAGAUGACGAAGAAGAGUACACAGAAGAGGAGAUAGAAUCGAAACCGCCCGUCUCGGCCCAAGUUGCGGCCGUGAAGAAGACCCAGCGAUCGGGCAGCAGUGACAGCAGUGCCUCCACCGAAAGCUCUGCCAGCUCUGGGGCAGCAGCCACAGCUGCAGCAGCAGCGGCAGCCUCGGCGGCUCCCAGCAGCAGCAGUCAGCAGAAGGCGCCCAGCACGGCGCGUCAUUCGAGUGCCCGAGACUCGGUAGCCACCACCGCAGUGCCGGAGAAGAAGCCUUUCGUUAGCCGCUUCCUGCCGCAGCACAGCACCCCGGCCACCGCUAAUGGUACGGCGGACAAGAAGAAGGCCGAAUCCAGCUCGAGCAGCGAGGAGGAGACCAGCUCGGAGUCCGAGUCAGAGUCGGAGCCGGAGACCAAGCCCAAGGCGAGUGCGACCAGCAGCAGCAACAGUGCCAGCAAGUCCACGCCCAGCAGCGCCUCCAGCUCGACAACGGCGGCCACCGGCAGCUCCACCAGCGGCAGCUCCUACCGUGAUCGCCUGGAAGCCCGGCGUGCCUCCCGCGACGACAGUGCGCUAGCGGCGGCAUCGCGCAGUACUUAUGCCACGCCCUCGAGCAGCGGCUAUGGCAGCGGGAGCAGCAGCACCGCCCGCACACGCACCGUGCCCGCGCCACAUCAUGCGGGAGAGAGCGAGGACCGUUAUGGCAGCAGCAGCGGCACUGGCAGCAGCUACACAAGCCGCUUUCUAAACAAGAGCAAGAGCAGCGCCAUUGUAACGCAACCCUCGCUAUCCACGCCCACCGCCUCCUUCGACGAGGACGCCAACGGAACGGGCGACGACUCGGACAGUCGCUACGGGACAGGCCGCUCCCGUUACCUGGCCAUGAAGGAGCGCCGCACCCGGCUGGCGCGCAGUCGCUCCUCGCAUCAGUUUGGCAACGAGGACGACGAUCUGGAUGAGCCGGUAUCCCCCACCACGGUCUCGCCAUCCGCUUACUUGGCUUCAAGAUACAGCGGCUAUGGUAGCAGCGACCUGUCCAGGAGCCGAUCUUCGCACGCCUUGAAGUCGCGCGACAAUUCGCCCAUCACCGAUCGCAGUGCGGGAUCCUCUCGUGCUGGAGCGCUGGGCAGCAGCUCCACGGACAAUAAGGACGGGGAGGCCCUCAGCUCGUGGGCGCGCUAUCUCAAGAACAAGUACGGGAACAAGAGUAGCAAGGACACGCCCAGUAGCAGUGCCGGAAGUGCACGCGACUCGCAUGCGACCAGCUCCACGGCGGCAUCGUCAUCGCAUGCGCACGGCAUUGGGAGCAGCGGCAGCGGCCGCAGCACCGCCAGCGAGGUGUCGAGACGCCUCAGCCUAGGCCUACCGCUACGGCAGGCCAACGAGCUGGCCUCCUCCGACGACGAUGGGUCAAAAAACGGGCUAGGCUCCCCUACGUCCCCUACGGUAGCAGCAGCAGUGGCAGCAGCCGGUAUAACCGGAGUGGCAGGUACUAUCCCUAAGCAGGUGUAUCUGCGCAAGCGCCAGCAGCUGUUCCAGUUGGGGGGCCGGGGGAGCGAGCCCGGAUCCUUUACGUGGCCGCGCGGCCUGGCCGUCGGUCCCGACAAUAGCAUCGUCGUUGCGGACUCCAGCAACCAUCGCGUCCAGGUCUUUGACUCCAAUGGCAUCUUCGUCAAGGAGUUCGGAGAGUAUGGCAACGGCGAGGGAGAAUUCGAUUGCCUGGCCGGCGUGGCCGUCAAUCGAAUCGGCCAAUACAUCAUUGCCGAUAGAUAUAAUCACCGCAUACAAGUGCUCGAUCCGCAAGGACGGUUCCUGCGCGCAUUUGGUUCGCAGGGGACCGCAGAUGGCAAAUUCAAUUAUCCUUGGGGAGUAACAACCGAUGCACUCGGCUUCAUUUACGUGUGCGAUAAGGAAAACCACAGAGUGCAGGUUUUCCAAUCCGAUGGUUCCUUCGUUGGCAAAUUUGGUUCCUGCGGCCGUGGCGAAGGACAACUUGAGCAUCCGCAUUAUAUAGCCGUAUCGAAUACGAAUCGUGUGAUUGUUUCCGAUUCGAAUAACCACAGGAUUCAGAUUUUCGAUGUGAACGGCAAGGUGCUGUCCACGGUGGGCGGCGAGGGCUCUGACGACGGUCAAUUCAAGUUUCCACGCGGAGUGGCCGUGGACGACCAGGGCUAUAUAUUUGUGGCCGAUUCGGGCAACAAUCGCAUACAGAUCUUCAAUCCGGAUGGCAGCUUCCUGAAGACCUUCGGCUCCUGGGGCUCCGGCGACUCGGAGUUCAAAGGACUCGAGGGCGUGGCCAUCAUGUCGAAUGGCAACAUCUUGGUCUGCGAUCGCGAGAAUCAUCGUGUCCAAGUCUUCUAAUAGGCCAUGGCCACAACCGUCCUUUGCAUUAUCUCCCUUUAAUUUCGUUUUUAAUUUUUGUUUAAGUUUCACAAUGAAUUUAUCAUUUCUUUCGAGUGCCAAAUAAUUUAAUGUCUUUAUUUCUAUGCAUAGAAAUGUUGUCAAUUAACUAAAAAGCAAUUAGUAAAAGAAAACCGAAAUACUUUUUGUUAAAUUAGAGCGAAAAA